AUGUCUUCGAAGGGGAACCCUGUCUCCCCGCCAAAGUACAUCAACGAUUUCAGCAAGGCUCUCGCCAGCGAGGUCCGCAUCCUUCUGCAGGAGGUGGGCAAGCUCCGAGAUGAGCGGCGUGCAUUGCAAUAUGAGAUUGCAGAACUCAUGAGUGUCAAGUCCAAACAUGGCGCGGGUGGAGAGUACACCCCGGAUUGGAAACCCAGACACGAAGAGCCUCCGAUGCCCAUCGAGCCCUCACCAGGAGCCUCACCAGGACCUCCACCCCCACCUGCGCUCCCAGAGGGCCCCGCCCGACCCGGAUGGCGUACAGUAAACAAGCGUGAGGAGCGCCGCCAGAAGGCCAAAGCAAAGGCGCUUCCGCCACCCGAGCCGGUCCAGGCCAUACCCGAACCACCUGCACCCAAUCUGCCCGCUUGGGCCCAGUGGAAACCAAAUCCACUGCUCUCUCCCCAGCCUCUCCAGGCGAACGCCAACUCGCCAAUGCUUUCUGAUCAUGCGCCGUCCCGCGUUGGUCUGUUUGGUCCCCCGACUCCUCCUCCGAAGUAA